UGGAAGUUGACGGAUGCUGUACAAGGCUUCAUGAUGCCUCUUCGAGCUGUUCACUGUCUCUGUUCGUACUCCUUGGCGACUGACGAUCAGCGACGCGCAUAGAUAUCAUCACGCAUCAAGCUAGGUAGGUAUAGCUGUCCGAAUCUCCAUCUCUAUCUCGGCGUCAUCAUCCAUCCUCCAUCUCCUUGUGCAAGCCUGAUCUAUCAUUCAUACUUCUCGAGCCUCAGAUCAGUCACGUUACAAGAUGCCGUACACACCUCCCCUGAGCAAGAUUACGCGCGUCCGUCUACCUGACAAGCAGCCUUCUGAGUUAUGGGACAUCUCGAUCAAGGAGGGCAGGAUUGCCUCGGUGACUCAACAUAACGGAUCGACUGGAUUCAACCAGGACGGAAUAUUGGACGGAUCUAACAGAAUGGUAGCCCCAUCCCUCUGUCAUGCCCAUAUUCAUCUGGAUAAGUGCUUCCUGCUGCAAGACCCAAAGUACGAAGAUUUACAGAUUGAGAGCGGCGACUUCCAAGAAGCCAUGGUACUUACCAGCACCGCGAAAGCAAAGUUCGAAGAGGAGGACCUGAUGAGACGUGGUAGCCAAUUGAUCCAGGAGAGCAUACAGCACGGUGUCACUGCUAUGCGAGCUUUCGUGGAAGUGGAUGGCGUCGUUGGACUUAAGUGCUUACAUGCGGGGCUAAAACUGCGAGAGAAGUACAAAGAAGCCUGCAACAUUCAGAUCUGCGCGUUUGCUCAGCUUCCGCUGUUCUCUGGAGAUAAUGGCGGCGCAGAAGUCAGGAAACUUAUGAAGGCUGCAGCAUCCAAUGAGAACGUGGAAGCACUUGGCUCGACACCGUACGUCGAAGACGAUGAGAGCAAAUCAAAGGAAAAUGCCAGCUGGAUAUCUGCUCUAGCACUGGAGCACAGGAAACAUCUGGACCUGCAUCUGGACUACUUCCUCGAGGAAGAUAAGCAGCCUCUCGUCUGGGAUGUAUUGAAGAUACUUAAGGAGCAAAAUUGGACGCAGGCGAAAGGUAGACAGGCCACUCUUGGACAUUGCACACGCUUGACAAGGUUUCGGCACGACGAAUGGGACCAACUAAAGCAGGAGGUAGGCGAGCUCAAUGUCUCCUUCGUUGGGCUGCCUACCUCUGACCUGUUCAUGAUGAGGACCCCAGAUAACUUGCGCGGAACACUGCCAGUCAUACGGCUGAUCAAAGAAUAUGGCCUAAAUGUUGCGAUUGCGAUUAAUAACGUUGGCAAUGCCUUCACGCCUCAAGGAAGUUGCGAUCCCCUGAGCGUUGCACAGCUUGGUGUGGGUCUUUAUCAGGCACCUACCAAGGAGGACGUACAGCUGCUCUAUGAGGCGGUCUCAUCUCGUGCAAAGAGUGCUAUUGGCCACGAAGCUUCUACACUUAGUCUCAAGCAUGGAGAGCCUGCAGAUCUUGUAUUGUUUGACAGCAUGGACAGCGGGUGGCGCUGCAGGAAAAGCAUUGCUGAAGUCGUGUACGACGCUGGCACCGUUCGACAGACGGUAUACCGAGGCCAGGCCACCACACCGUGCAGCUGAGAGUACAGCACACAAGCAGAAAUCGCUUGCGAUUACAUUGUAGUAAAGGAAGGAAGUCUCGGUAUACUACCCCGACGUCAUGGUUAGUGAGCGCGGCUGCCGUUUACAGUCCUUAGGUCAACAAUCAACACGUGUCACAAGGUCUCACCAUCCGGACAUGUACAAACACAUGCGGACAGCCUUACCGCCAUCUGCCAAUUAGAUAUCAAAUCUGUUGCACAAACGCCCGUGUACACCGCUCACGUUGUCUUCACUUCACCGCAGCCGUGCCUGUCGCCAAGACCUUGAAGACCGCAAACUAUCACAUUUCCUCUCAGCCACGUCUCGAUUGACAUCGCACUAUCCCAGGAUCGCCAAAAUGUCUGAUAAGCUGCCCGAGCUUCAGCUGCCAUCCGACACGCAGGAUGAUACAGGUCAGCGCGAGGAGCUGAAAACUGCGAG